AUGAGAGAUAUUCUUAGUGGCAAGAGAAGUUGUGAAGCAAAGGAGACCGUGCAACUCACGGAGAGUUGUAGCGCUCUCAUUCAACACUCCUUUCCCCCAAAACUCAAUGAUCCCGAGAGUUUUUCUAUCCCUUGUAGCAUUCAAAAGCUCAAAUUUGAUAAUGCUCUUUGUGAUUUGGGGGCGAGUGUGAGCAUCUUGCCAUUUAAGACUUAUGAGAAGCUCAAGCUUGGUGAUCUCUCUCCUACCGCUAUGUCAUUGCAACUAGCCGAUCGAUCGGUUAUGUUGCCAUUGGGUAGGAUUGAGGAUGUUCCCCUAGUUGUUGGCGAGCUUACUUUCCUUUUGAAUUUCGUCGUCUUGGACAUUGAUGAGGAUGCCCAUACCCCCAUUAUCUUGGGGAGGCCAUUUUUGGCCACCGCGGGUGCUCUCAUCGAUGUGCAAGGAGGACUAAUCACCUUGAAAGCGGGAAACGCCAAGGCUAGUUUCAAGCUUGCAAUUGACGAACAUUGUUGCUCUAAGAUGAAAAGUUGUGUGAAAGUUGACACUCUUGCUUGUGUUGAGCACAAUCAUUCUUGUGCUUUUUUGCUUCUAACAAUCCUUGUGUUCUUGAGUGUGAUUUUGAGAUUGAUAGGAAGGUGA